CCCACAAAGAAUAUCAAGUUGAGGGGAAACAAGAUGGAAAAUGAUGGUAAGUGCUGCGAUGAUAUGGCUUAUGAUGUUAAAACUAAGGAGCCUCCGAAUGAAGGUGUGUCAGUUAAUGCGACAAACUCGGGAUUAAUAAAAAUUGAGAGCAGGAAGAGGAAAAAGAAUAAAAGGAACAAGGAUAAAGAAAAAAAUUAUUUCCACGUUGGUUAACGAUGGAAAAAUGCAAAAAGAUAAUGCAAACUGUUGACUGAAAAGUGCUGGCAAAGAAGAGAGUUCUGACAGCGCAGAAAUUGAAAGGGGUCAACAGAGGGAUAAGAAGAAGAAGAAGAAGAAGCAGAAGAAGAAAUAUGACAAAAUGGGCAAGGAUGAUGGUGGCAUUAAGUCUUUGAAAAUGAAAAGCUCUGAUGAAGUUCUUAUUGAGGACGAGAGAGGUACUGCAAUUGGUAGAGAAAAUUUGGAAGAUAAAGGAAUAUGUCGGAGAAGGUAGUACGAAGAGUCAAGGUAAUGCGGUUUCACAUACUAAGAAGCAGAAGGUGUGUAAUAAGGAGGCAUUUUCUGUGGAGGUGAAUAAAAAUAAUGACCAGAACAGGAAGAAGGCCGAGUCAGUCAAAGUUGUUUUAGUAGAAAAGGCUGAUAAGGGUGAUCUAAGAAGGAAAAGGACAUCUAAAGGUGGCGAUCAUUCCCAAAAUUCUAAGAUUUUGGAGCCGUCAAAGAGAGUACGGUUUUCAGGUCAUGUAGAGGUCUUCCCUUCACCUGAUGCCACUGAUUUAGUGGAGGAAGAUCAAAAAAGGGAUUUGGCGCAAGGCAAGCGGUUCUCGAGAGAAGAAGAUGAGAUGAUCAAAACUGCUGUUUUAAACUACAUAGAGGAACAUGGAUUGGGUGAGGAUGGUGUAAACAGGAUUUUGCACUGCAAAUCCGAACCUGGACUUCAUGGCUGUUGGAAAGAAAUCGCUGCUGCCUAACCUUGGAGAACUCACAUGAGUGUGUAUUACAGAGGACAUGUUUUGUUUGAAAGGGAUGAUGCACAUAAAUGGACUAAAGAGGAAUAUGAACUUGUCCGAAGCUGCUGUCUUACCUUGGAGAACUCACAUGAGUGUGUAUUACAGAGGGCAUGUUUUGUUUGAAAGGGAUGAUGCACAUAAAUGGACUAAAGAGGAAUAUGAACUUGUCCGAAGAGUGCAUGAGAAGCAUGGUUCAAAGUGGAGGAUGGUGGCUGAUGUGUGAUGGGGACAUCAAGGUGUACAGUCGAAAGAAGAAAAAGAUUCAACCAGGUCCAUCUUUGUGGUUAGAGGAUUAAACAAGAAAGAAGAAGGAAAGAGAAGAAACAAGAAAGAAGAAGGAAAGAGAGGAGUCGAACCAGCCUUCCAGCGCUGGGUUCGACCCCCCAUUGUCCUCCCAAUCAGUAGAUCUUGUGGACCCCACCAAAUCUUAUUUGAUUCUAGUACUUUACAGAUCUUGUGGACCCCACCAAAUCUUAUUUGAUUCUAAUACUUUGCUUUAAAUCUAGUGAUAUUUGAUUGUCUUACAUAAUUAGGAAACUAGGACUUCUUUAUAUUGGUCUGUUAGGUAGUCUUUUAUUUCAAGUAAUUGAGUUUCUAAAUAUCUUUUUUAUUUUUGGAAGUUUAUUCUAUUUAAGUGUAAGGCCAUUGGCCAUUAUGGAAUACAAUGAAUGUUAAUUGAAAAAAACAGCCAAGAGCAAACCCC